AGCAGGCGCUCCCGAUAGUUGCGCUCAGUACUCAGUGAAUGUAGCUCCUGUACACGCACGCACGUACGUAUACACGGACACAUACGCGCGCGCGCGCACACACGCGCACACACGCUCGCUCACUCACUCACUCAUACACAAAGCUUUGACCAUGGCGGAAGAAGACGACACGAAAAUCAGGAUUCUACAAAGUCUGCGAGGGAAAAUCUGUGAAGGCCGGAACCUCGGCAUCGGUUCUGUAUCGAAUCGUCUCCGAGACAUUGGAACGUUUUGCACCAUCAGUCUGGACCAAGAGGAAGUGUUCCGCACUAAAGUGUAUGACAAGAGUCUGAGCCCGUUUUAUGGAGAAGAUUUCUACUUCGAGAUCCCACGGCCGUUCCAGUGUCUGUCCUUCUACGUUUACGGCAAGAGUGUGUUUCAGAGGGACCUGACUAUAGGGAAGGUAGCCCUCAGGAAGGAGGAGUUGUGUAAUUACAGUGGGAAGGAGAACUGGUUCCCACUGCAGCCUGUGGAUCCAAACUCAGAGGUGCAGGGGAAGGUUCAUCUAGAGAUGAAACUUAAUGAAGUGAUCACAGAUAACGGGCCUCCUUCGCGCCUGCAGGUCAGGAUAAUCGAGUGCCAAGGUUUACCGUUAAUCAGUGGGCAGGCUUGCGACUCUUACGCUUCUGUAACACUCAUUGGCCCUGCAAGGUCAGAUCAGAAAAAGACAAAGGUGAAGAAGAAAACCAGUGACCCUCAUUUUGAUGAGACAGUUUACUUUGAGGUUUCCAGACCGAGCAAUCACAACAGGAAGAACUUCCAGGUAGAGGAUGAAGACAUUGAGAAACUAGAGAUCAAGGUGGAGUUAUGGAAUAAUGGAAAUCUGGCCCAGGAUGUGUUUCUGGGUGAAACAAGAGUUUCAGUGAAGAUCCUGAGAAAUGACCUCGUACACAAAGCUUGGUAUCUCCUCCAACCAAGAGGUAAUGGUGUGAAGUGUAAGCCUGAUGAUCUUGGCUCUUUGCGUUUGAACGUGUGUUACACCGAGGACAACGUGCUGCCGUCACAUAGCUACGUUAACCUGAGAAACCUACUGCUCAAAUCACCUGAUGUACAGCCGAUCUCUGCAUCUGCUGCUCAUAUUCUGGGUGAUGUGUGUCGAGAUCGAUCCGAAGCCUCACUGCCUUUAGUGCGACUUUUACUGCACCACAACAGACUGCUGCCUUUUCUCACAGCUAUUGCUGCCUUAGAGCUGGAGAACACGCAGGAAGCAAACACCAUCUUCCGUGGGAAUUCUCUGGCCACACGCUGUAUCGAUGAUAUGAUGAAGAUGGUGGGACGAAACUAUCUGAAUAUCACACUGAAGCCUGUGCUGGAUGAGAUUUGUGAAUCCAAUAAAUCAUGUGAAAUUGAUCCAAUUAAACUGAAAGAAGGAGAUAAUGUUGAGGUCAAUAAGGAGAACCUGCAGAUCUAUGUUCAGAAAGUAUUCUCGUCCAUUACCGAGUCAAGUGCAAGUUGUCCACCUCUGAUGUGUGACGUGUUCCGAUCCCUACGUCAGCUUGCCUCAGACCGCUUUCCCAGUGAUCCUCAUGUUCAGUAUUCCGCUGUGAGCAGUUUUGUGUUCUUGAGGUUUUUCGCUGUAGCUGUGGUCUCUCCACACACCUUCCAGCUACGGCAACACCAUCCAGAUACAGACGUUUCCCGAACCCUCACACUUAUCUCCAAAACCAUCCAGACGUUGGGCAGCUGGAGCAGUCUCUCUAAAAACAAACUGUCAAGCUUCAAAGAGACCUUCAUGUGUGAUUUCUUCAAAUUAUUCCAGGAAGAUAAAUGUAUUGAGAGAGUGAAGAAGUUUUUAGACGACAUCUCGUCCAACGUGUGUAAAGGUACCAGCGGAGCAGAAGAUUCGGUUGUGCUGAAAGAGGGAGAGGUCCACAAACGUGCCCAAGGAAGAAAGAACUUUCUCCAAAGUAGAAAGAACUUUAAGAAGCGCUGGUUGAGAGUGACCAAUCGAGAACUGUCAUACCAUAAACAAAAAGGGAAAGACCCACUAUUUUUGGUCUCUGUAAAGAACAUCAGUGGAGUAGAAAAACUUGAUGAGAGCACUUUUAACCGCAAAAAUAUGUUCCAGGUGAUUUUCAGCGAUAAGCCCCUCUAUGUUCAGGCAGGGAACUGUGUUGAGGCAAGUGAGUGGAUCGAAGUGCUGACUCAGCUCAUCCGCUGCAAUACUGACCGACUCGGUGUGUUCCAGCCAGUCAGCAGUAGAGACAGCACACUGGCGAACAUCCAACUGGAGAUCGACUAUGACAGAGAGACAGAGAGAAUUUUCUCACUGUUCAAUGCCAAUUUACACCAUCUGCAGAAAAUGGAAGAGGCCUGUGCCGGUAUGUCGGUGUACCUGGGCCAGCAGAAGGAGCAGGAAGAGUACUCUGCCUUCAUCAUUCAGGACCCGAAGGAGACAUUCCGCACCAUCAGGGAGAUCAGAGAUGUCCUUGAAGAUCUGAAACGCAAGCAUAAUGCAACCGAGCUCACGGACAAGCCAGGGACAAUCGAGAAUCCGAUCGUGGGGAAGAGGUCCUGACACUCCGAGAGCAUUUCAUCCCUCCACACCAGCAGGUGACACUGCCCAAAGCGAGACGCAGAGACACUCUCAGUGAGGAAUGGAGUGAUAGCUGCAGACUCACAAUGAAGAAAAAGACUAAUGGAGAGAAUCAUCUCAGACUCUUACACUCCAUGCUGCGCCUUAAAUCACCUCUGACAAAUGUGUGUUAGACUUUUUUCCCUGAGAUAAGCACACACUGUCGAUCAGAAUGCUGUGACAGACGGGACUCCAACAGUGAAUCUGAAUAUGGCUGCUAAACCGACAAACUCAACCUCCAUUUUGAAAACAAUCGUUUAAAUAUUUCUUUCCACAUUUUUUAAGCCUACGAUGUCUUAUGUCUUUGAUGUGCAUCAAAGGGAAUUUUCCCAACUUUUCUAUUGUCUUUUAUAUUUGUAUUUGGAAUGUGUGGAUGUGCACACACUUUGUUUGGGGAAAAGACACACGUCCACACAUAAAUGGCACUUUAGACAUUUGGAAUGUUCCAAAUGAAUAUAUUUGAUACACUGUAUCAUCUCUUCAUUGAUCAGUUGAAUGAUCACUUCGUUAUAAUGCUUUUGUCUCUGUAAAGUUUGUAAUCAAUUUGCCUCUCAUGCCAAAGACAGUGAUGUAUAAAUGGCAUUAUUUUUGAAAUAUUCACCUUUUAAUGAUGAUCUAUAUUUCUCAUGUCACAAAAAAACAAAAAAAAAAACAAUAUUUUUUUCUCAAAUUUACGAUGAACACAUGAUAAUCAGACCUGCUCUGUGAUUUUGCACAAAUCAGUUUCUCAGACGGAGGAAUGGAGACAUUGGAAACGUGGAAUGAUAUUCAGAUAAAGGGACAGAUGGUGAGAUUCUCGAAGUGACAGUAAUGGAGUUAAUACAUUUCUGUUUAAUCAUCUCAUGAUUAGUGUGUGUAGACAAUAAGGUUUUUUUUCCCUACUUCUCAGUGCACAUUCAUUCAGAAAGACAAUGGUCUGUUACCUGUAGUAAACCUUUUCUUCUGUUUUCCUGUUACCUUUACAACACGGUUAACUCAAUCAUGUGUAACCUGUAUCUGUUUUAUUUUUUAUGUUUAUUUUAUUUUCUAAUGUUUGUGUUCAAGUUGGAUAUGCAGUUGGAUAUGCAGGGAUCUGAUGGGAUCUGUUGGUACACUGAUUACGCUGAUCAGCUAAAAAUUGUUACAUUAGGUACGAAAAGGAGAGGCAUGUUAGCCAGAUAUUUCAGUGCCACGUCUUCAAGCAAGGCCUCAUGGAUCUGGUGUAAUAUCGUUUUCUCCUGAUCAGUUUCAAUUUGUUAAUGCUGUCCUAACCCCACCCCUGCUCAUUUAAGCUUAUCUGACAUCCCUCUGAAUAAAUGAAGGAUCUGUAAUGUG